AGGAGCACUGGCCCCGGUGUGCCCACUUCCCAUAAAAGCAACAGAAAGUCAUGCUUCGAAAGCCACCCAAGUUUAACUUUUUCUUCUUUUUCGCCUUGAGAACCAGAGAUGUUUUAGACCCUUUUCGCGAAUUUCGUCAUGGAGGAUGAUGAUGGGCCGUUUCGGUUGUAUUGCCGGGAACGCAACUUGGGGACGUUGACAGUUUAUUUCCAAGACAGUCGCCUAUAUAAAGCCCCACGAAGCCCCUCCAUUUUUAUCCACAGAGAAAAGCACAGCUCAAGAACGAGAAAAAAGAUGAGAUCACGAGCUUGUUCUGUUCUGUUUCUCCCUCUUCGUCUGCUAUUGAUUCAAGGUCUCUUCUUGCCGCUCGCGAGCUCAGGAAGCACCGUCCACAGAGGCCAGUUCCCUCCCUCCUUCUUGUUUGGCACCGCCACAUCCUCUUUCCAGAUUGAAGGGGCCUACCUGCAAGGUAACAAAAGCCUCAGCAAUUGGGAUGUCUUCUCACACAUACCAGGCAAAAUAGAAGAUGGAAGCAAUGCUGACGUGGCGGAUAAUCACUAUAAUCUCUUUAUGGAAGAUAUAAAGUUGAUGCAUGAUCUCGGGGUGGAUGCAUACAGAUUCUCCGUAUCUUGGUCUAGAGUUCUACCUAAGGGAAGAUUUGGGGAGGUCAAUUCAGAAGGCAUUGACUUCUACAACAAUCUCAUUGAUGCCCUUUUGGUCAGAGGUAUACAGCCGUUUGUGACGUUGAACCAUUUCGACAUUCCUCAACUGCUAGAAGACCGGUACGGUGCGUGGCUGAGUUCCGAAAUACAGCUGGAUUUCGGCUACUUUGCACAAGUUUGUUUCGAAGCUUUUGGAGAUAGAGUGACGUAUUGGACCACAUUCAAUGAGCCUAACAUAUUCAUCUAUGAUGGUUACCUCUCGGGGACUUGCCCACCCGGCCGGUGCUCCUACCCAUUUGGCAAUUGCUCCUACGGCGACUACGCUAUCGAACCCUACAUUGCGUCCCACAAUCUGGUGUUGUCCCAUGCCACGGCCGCUCAAAUUUACCAGAAGUAUUACCAGGAAAAGCAAGGAGGAAUGAUUGGUAUUGUAAUUUCUGCUGCGUGGUACGUGCCGUACAACAACACUCCGGCUGAUCGUUUGGCUGUCCAACGAACUUUAGCUUUCGAUUUUGCAUGGUUCGUAGACCCUUUAGUAUACGGAGAUUAUCCGCCCGAGAUGCGUCAAGUCGUGGGUUCAAGAUUGCCGACAUUUUCGGCAGAAGAGCAGAAGAAACUUGACGUGAAGUUGGAUUUCAUUGGAAUAAAUCACUACACGACUAAAUACGUAAAGGACUGCAUGUUCUCUUUAUGCACUUCGGCCGUCUCUCUAGGGGAGGCGUCCGUGUAUGUCACUGGAGAAAAAAAUGGAGUAUACAUCGGCGAGAGGACUGUGAUGUCGGAUUUCUUUGUCGUUCCGAAGGGCAUUGAAAGGAUUGUUACCUACGUCAAAGAAAGAUACAACAGCACGCCCAUGUUCAUCACUGAGAAUGGGUAUGCACAACCUACAGGUCCGAUCGAUGAUUCGCUGAACAACACAAAGAGAAUAGCUUACCAUGAGGGCUAUCUCGCCGUCUUAAGUGAAGUUGUGAGAAAAGGAGCAGAUGUGAGGGCAUAUUUCAUCUGGUCUCUGCUAGACAACUUCGAAUGGCUACACGGAUAUUUGAUACGAUUUGGGCUGCAUUAUGUGGACUUCCAAACACUGCAGAGAACACCCAAAUGGUCAGCGACGUGGUUUAAGGAGUUCCUCUCUGAUGACAAUAAAAUUCCAGCCAUUCGAAAAACAUCCACUUACAAAAUGUAGCAUCGGCUGUCUUUGAAACAAUUAUUAUGUUUGUAAUAAACGAAUAUCCGUGCGAUAUUGUAUUAACUUGAUCACAUGGUAAGUCAAGUUGGGGUCCUAAUUUUAGAGUGCCCCAGGUUGUGUUUGAGACAGUAAAUUGCAAAUGCUUGCGUACACAAUAGGUCUUUUACUUCUAAAAUUUGAAAGUAAGCUGUAUUUCUA